GCACACCUUUUGUCUUCUAUGAAACAACAUGGAAAGGAAUCUUAAGAAUGUUUUGGUCAUUUCUUUCGGAUUUUUAUUCCUCUUUACUGCUUACGGAGGACUCCAAAGUCUACAGAGCAGUCUCAACUCAGAAGAAGGCCUGGGUGUUGCUUCCCUAAGCAUUCUCUAUGCUGCGCUCAUCUUAUCGUCUAUGUUCCUCCCUCCAAUCCUCAUCAAGAAGCUGGGCUGCAAGUGGACCAUUGCAAUCUCUAUGUGCUGCUACAUUGCAUUCUCCUUAGGGAACUUCUAUGCUAGCUGGUACACACUAAUCCCUACAUCUGUGAUCCUGGGCUUAGGAGGAGCACCACUCUGGUCUGCCAAAUGCACUUACCUCACCAUUGCUGGCACUUCUUAUGCUGAGAAAGCAGGAAAAAAUGCAAAAGACAUUAUCAACCAAUAUUUUGGGGUCUUCUUUCUGGUAUUUCAGUCCUCUGGCAUCUGGGGAAAUCUUAUCUCAUCCUUGAUAUUUAGCCAAUCUUCCACCAAAGUGGAAAUCUCAGAAGAAGACCUGGCAUGCUGUGGAGCAUACAACUGCCUGGCUGAUACCACUAACACCACUGAUUCAGCGAAACCCUCCCACUCCUUAAUCUACACACUGCUAGGUGUUUACACUGCUAGUGGUGUGCUAGCUGUGUUGCUGAUUAUUAUAUUUCUGGACCAGAUCAAAUCUGAUCAAGCAGAGACUGAGAAAGAAAAACUAGAGAUACCAUCUUUUUGGUCUACAUUCCUAGCAACUUUCCAGCAUCUUAAAGAUAAAAGGCAGUGUCUUCUAAUCCCUCUGACAAUGUACAGUGGGUUUGAACAGGGAUUUCUUUCUGGUGACUAUACAAAGGCAUACGUGACCUGUGCGCUAGGGAUACAGUACGUUGGCUACGUGAUGAUCUGCUUUGCAGCUGUUAAUUCCCUCUGCUCUCUGCUCUUCGGAAAGAUCUCUCAGUUCACGGGUAGAAAACUUCUAUUUGCAUUAGCCACAGUUACAAACACCGCCUGUAUAAUAGCACUACUGCUGUGGAAACCUCAUCCUAAGCAGCUCGCUGUGUUUUUUGUAUUCCCUGCUCUUUGGGGCCUAUCUGAUGCUGUUUGGCAAACACAAACUAAUGGACUCUAUGGCAUUUUAUUUGAGAAACACAAGGAGGCUGCCUUUGCAAAUUACCGUCUCUGGGAAUCACUUGGAUUUGUCAUCGCCUUUGGUUAUAGCACCAAAUUGCAAGUUUACAUCAAACUGUACAUUUUAUUGUCUGUGCUUGUGUUGUCUGUGGUGACAUAUGGAGCAGUUGAAUGCCUUGAGGCUAAGAGCUCCCCUGGGACACCUACUGCUACGAAGAAGGAAAAUGGAGGACCCCUGACCCAAGAAACACACAUGUAAUCCAACAGGGUCAGAGUG